AUGGCUCCAGAAAUGAUUCCUAUUGAAGGGGAAGCGAAGAAACGCGUGUGCUACUUCUUCGACUCGGACGUCAGCGGCUUCCACUACGGCCCUGGACAUCCGAUGAAACCUACACGGAUACGGAUGUGUCACUCGUUGGUCAUGAACUACGGGCUCUACAAGAAAAUGGAGAUUUUUCGGGCAAAGCCGGCCACGAAACGGGAGAUGACACAGUUUCACUCCGACGAAUACGUGGAAUUUCUUAGCCGCAUCACUCCCGUCAAUAUGAAUUCUUUUCUAAAGGAACAGCACAAAUAUAAUGUUGGCGACGACUGCCCUGUAUUUGACGGCCUUUUCGAUUAUUGUUCUAUCUCAGCAGGUGGCUCCAUGGAGGGUGCUGCUAGAUUAAGCCGCGACAAAUGUGACAUUGCGGUGAAUUGGGCUGGUGGGCUUCACCAUGCGAAGAAGAGUGAAGCUAGCGGAUUUUGUUACGUGAAUGAUGUUGUCCUUGGUAUAUUGGAGUUGCUGCGGUAUCAUACGCGAGUCCUGUACAUCGACAUUGACGUGCAUCACGGUGAUGGUGUCGAGGAAGCGUUCUAUACUACAGACAGAGUCAUGACAUGCAGUUUUCACAAGUACGGCGAAUACUUUCCCGGGACCGGAGAAUUGAGGGAUGUAGGCAUCGGCAAGGGAAAGUACUACGCAUUGAACUUCCCGUUGCGAGAUGGAAUCACAAAUGAGAACUACAAGAGUGUCUUUGAGCCUGUGAUUCGACAAGUGAUGGAGACCUAUGAUCCUGGAGCGGUAGUUUUGCAAUGUGGUACUGAUUCACUUUCCGGCGACAAGUUGGGCUGUCUGAACUUGUCCAUGAGAGGCCAUGCAAGUUGUGUCAAGUUCGUUAAGUCGUUCAACCGUCCCCUUCUACUCCUUGGCGGCGGUGGAUACACAAUGCGUAAUGUCAGUCGAUGCUGGGCGUUCGAAACAGGUCUGGCAGCCGGAGUCGAGCUUGGCUCAGAAAUUCCUGUGAACGAGUAUUACGAGUAUUUCGGACCGGACUAUGAACUUGAUGUCAAGUCAUCAAAUAUGGAGGACAUGAACAGUACGGGAUAUUUGGAGCGUGUGAAGACCAUUGUACUUGAGAAUUUGAAGCAGGUGGGGGGGCCUCCGAGCGUACAGAUGGCAGACAUUCCACGAUUGCCGAUAGAUGGCGCAUUAGAAGAUGCAGGUGCAGACGAGGAUCUCAUUUCACCUGACGAACGGCGACCGCAGAGACUGUUGGACUCCCGGCGUCAAGCUGACGGAGAACUUUCGGAUUCGGAUGAUGAAGGCGAAGACGACAGGAGAAAUCAUGCCAGUCACUUGGAGCGCGAUAGUGUGCCCACCGGACGUAGAUUCGGCGCUGCAGUGGGCAUUAUGAGCACUGGAACGACCCACGGUGUGGGCCCGACCGUUGCGCCAGUUGUACCAGGAGCGAGCGUGGCUCCGACUGUGGAUUCGUCUGGGCAGUCAGACAUGGAUAUUGACGAUGACUCCUCUGUGGGUCGAUCUGGGACAAGACCGCGGUCACACCCAAGAUCACCCCCACCCGUAUCCGCCAACGGAAAGGCGGGCAGUUGA